AACAUGGAAGGAGCUGGCGACUCAUUGCAAGAUGGGAUUUGUCCGUUAUGUUUAAAAAAUGAAACAAAAUACACUUGUCCACGCUGUAAUGUGAGAUACUGUUCGGUGGAGUGCUAUAAGGGAGAGAAACAUAUGGAUUGCUCCGAGUCCUUCUACAAAGAUUGCUUCAUUGAAGGUCUGAAAGAUCAGUCAUCUGGACUAGAGGAGAAAAGAAAAAUUAUGGAAAUGAUAUCGAGAGUGGAAGAGGAAACAGAAGGAUUAGAGAGUGAUGAUGAGCCAGAUCUAGCUGAACGACUUGAAGGGCUUGAUCUGGAUUGUGAUGCUGGUGCUAUCUGGAAGCAGUUGACUGAGAAAGAAAGAAAAGAAUUUGACCUGAUGAGCAGAGAUGGCCGCCUGGGUCACCUUGUUGAAGUAUGGACACCGUGGUGGAAUCCUGAGUCCAAACAGCUGAUACAAGAUGAGGAUGACCCCAGAGACCAGCCAAGAAAGUUUCCAAAGGUCAAGGACGACAUCAUAGAUCUAGCUGUUCUGUUACCGAAAUCUAAGCCGUCCAGUGGAGUGAAAUACAGUGUGGUGGGAUCACUGUAUGCUUACUGUUUUGUAUGUCGGUUACACAACGGAGAUCAUUGGGAUACACCUGUCGAGUCGGCACAGGAAAUGUUGAUAGUUAGCGAUCUGACAAAUAAGGAUGUUGUCUACAACAGUCCAGGGGAGGUAAUCCAGUCAUCUAUACAGCGUGUCACAAAGAGUUCAUUUGGGAGAGGAACAUCAGCUGGAUUCAGCAUUUCAAUAAUAGAGGAUAUUAUCAACAUCAUAAGGGGCCCUUCUGAAGAGAGGCCCCUUGAGUACCUGAUAAUAGCUUUGUCAGAGCUCCUUCAUAUUAUACAGAAAGCCAAAAAACUUGUAUCGAAGGGUUUGAAAUCUGGGAAGUGCAAGGGAGGUAAUUCUAUGAAGAAGGAUUUAUUUGCCUGCGAAAAGAAGUUAGAGUUUUACCUGAGUUGGUCACAAAGACUAGGAAUGUCUCUACACAUGUUGGUGCCAGAACUUGUCCUGGAGCACAGUGCUGCUGAAUCGGACUUGAGAGAUAUGGACGAGAAACGAUCCGAAUUGGAGGAGUUUUGGGGCGGUAAACAAAAACCACAGCAAAGAACAAAACUAAUUGAAGAGAUCACAUAAUCUCCAAAAAUCUGAAAAAUGGAUUUUCUUCUACAAAGUAAAAUACACUGGUAUCCAUGACAAUAACAAUGUCGUGCUGCUCUACAUGGUCUGAACGAUUCAGAACUUAGAGAAGAGCUUGAUUAUAACAUGAUCAUUACAACAUUUAAACAGUCAUGUUAGCAGACAAUGAUCAGAAUCGCUCAGUCUCUUCUACAAAUACAUUUUCUGUUGUGUAGUUAUGAAAUAUUUAUCCGUCAAUAAACACAUGACUAUGGAUAUCUGCCUUUA